CGGCGGCGGCCGUGACUGCUGGGCGGGCGGCGGCGUCCGGGCGGCGGGAUGGAGCGCCGCGGAUUUCCGUUUUUCUGACUGUUCUAUGGAAGGAUGAUUGCUCACAAACAGAAAAAGACAAAGAAAAAACGUGUUUUUUCAUCAGUUCAACUCUCUACUGAUGUUACAACUCCUGAAAUGGGGCUCAAGUCUAUAAGUUCCAAUUCCAUUUUUGAUCCGGAUUACAUCAAGGAGUUGGUGAAUGAUAUCAGGAAGUUCUCACAUAUGUUACUAUAUUUGAAAGAAGCUAUUCUUUCAGACUGUUUUAAAGAAGUCAUUCAUAUACGUCUGGACGAACUUCUUCGUGUUUUAAAAUCUGUAAUGAAUAAACAUCAGAACCUCAAUUCUGUUGAUCUUCAUAAUGCUGCAGAAAUGCUUACUGCAAAAGUAAAAGCUGUGAACUUCACAGAAGUUAAUGAAGAAAACAAAAACGAUCUCUUCAGAGAAGUGUUUUCUUCCAUUGAGACCUUGGCCUUUACCUUUGGAAAUAUCCUGACAAACUUCCUUAUGGGAGAUGUAGGCAAUGAUUCAUUAUUGCGAUUGCCUGUUUCUCGGGAAAGUAAGUCUUUCGAAAAUGUUUCUGUGGAAUCAGUGGACUCAUCCAAUGAAAAAGGAAAUUUUUCUCCUAUAGAACUAGACAGUGUGCUGUUGAAGAACACUGAUUCUGUAGAAUUGGCUUUGUCUUAUGCUAAAACAUGGUCAAAAUAUACCAAGAACAUAGUUUCAUGGGUUGAAAAGAAGCUUAACUUGGAAUUGGAGUCCACUAGAAACAUUGUCAAAUUGGCAGAGGCAACUAGAAGUAACAUUGGAAUGCAGGAGUUUAUGCCAUUGCAGUCUCUAUUUACCAAUGCUCUUCUUAAUGAUAUAAAGAACAGUCACCUUUUACAACAAACAAUUGCAGCUCUCCAAGCCAACAAAUUUGUGCAGCCUCUACUUGGAAGGAAAAAUGAAAUGGAAAAGCAAAGGAAAGAGAUAAAAGAACUUUGGAAACAGGAACAAAAUAAAAUGCUUGAAACAGAGACUGCUCUCAAAAAGGCAAAAUUGUUAUGCAUGCAACGUCAAGAUGAGUAUGAAAAAGCAAAAUCUUCCAUGUUUCGUGCAGAAGAGGAGCAUCUGUGCUCAAGUGGUGGAUUAGUAAAAAAUCUCAACAAGCAGCUAGAGAAAAAGAGAAGGUUGGAAGAGGAGGCUCUUCAAAAAGUAGAAGAAGCAAAUGAACUCUACAAAGUUUGUGUGACAAAUGUUGAAGAGAGACGCAAUGAUCUAGAAAAUACCAAAAGAGAAAUUUUAACACAACUCCAGAAACUCGUUUUUCAGUGUGAUCUUACCCUUAAAGCUGUAACGGUUAACCUCUUCCAGAUGCAACACCUACAGGCAGCCUCCCUUGCAGACAAUUUACAAUCUCUCUGUGAUAGCGCUAAACUGUAUGACCCAGGCCAAGAGUACAGUGAGUUUGUCAAGGCCACAAAUUCAACAGAAGAAGAAAAAGUUGACGGGAAUGUAAAUAAACAAUUAACAAAUAGUCCCCACACUUCUGGAUACAGACCUACCGACUCGUUAGAGGACGUAGUGCGCCUUCCUGACAGUUCUAGUAAGAUUGAAGAGGACAGAUGCUCCAAUAGUGCUGAUGUAACAGGUCCUUCUUUUAUAAGGUCAUGGACAUUUGGGAUGUUUAGUGACUCUGAGAGCACUGGAGGAAGCAGUGAAUCUAGAUCUCUGGAUUCUGAAUCUAUAAGUCCAGGAGACUUUCAUCGAAAACUUCCACGAACUCCAUCCAGUGGAACCAUGUCUUCUGCAGAUGAUCUAGAUGAAAGAGAACCACCUUCCCCUUCAGAAGCUGGACCCAAUUCCCUUGGAACAUUUAAGAAAACAUUGAUGUCAAAAGCAGCUCUCACUCACAAGUUUCGAAAAUUGAGGUCUCCGACAAAAUGUAGGGAUUGUGAAGGCAUUGUAGUAUUCCAAGGUGUCGAAUGUGAAGAGUGUCUCCUUGUUUGUCACCGAAAGUGUUUGGAAAAUUUAGUCAUCAUUUGUGGUCAUCAGAAACUUCCGGGGAAAAUACACUUAUUUGGAGCAGAAUUCACACAAGUUGCGAAAAAGGAACCAGAUGGCAUCCCGUUUAUACUCAAAAUAUGUGCCUCAGAGAUUGAAAAUAGAGCUUUGUGUCUACAGGGAAUUUAUCGUGUAUGUGGAAACAAAAUAAAAACUGAAAAGCUGUGUCAAGCCUUGGAAAAUGGAAUGCACUUGGUAGACAUUUCAGAAUUUAGUUCACAUGACAUCUGUGAUGUCUUGAAAUUAUACCUUCGACAGCUCCCAGAGCCAUUCAUUUUAUUCCGCUUGUACAAGGAAUUUAUAGACCUUGCAAAAGAGAUCCAACAUGUAAAUGAAGAACAGGAGUCAAAAAAGGAUAACCCUGAGGACAAAAAAUGGCCGAGUACAUGUAUAGAAAUAAACAGAAUUCUUAUAAAAAGCAAAGACCUUCUAAGACAACUGCCAGUAUCAAAUUUUAAUAGUCUUCAUUACCUCAUAGUUCAUCUUAAGCGAGUUGUAGAUCACGCAGAAGAAAACAAAAUGAACUCCAAAAACUUGGGGGUGAUAUUUGGACCAAGUCUCAUUAGGCCGAGGCCCACAACAGCUCCUGUCACCAUCUCCUCUCUUGCUGAAUACUCAAACCAAGCACGGUUGGUAGAGUUCCUCAUCACUUACUCACAGAAGAUCUUCGAUGGGUCCCUGCAGCCACAAGAUGUAGUCGUGUGUAGUACAGGUGGUGUGGCACCUCACGUUGAUCAAGGGUGUCUUCCAAAGCCCCUAUUAUCACCAGAAGAAAGAGACCCAGAACAUCCUACAAAGUCACUAUUUUUCUCUGCAAAAGAAGAUAUGCAUACUGUAGAUAGUGAAACCAAAAUUUUUGAGCCAGCUACAUCAUUUGAGGAAUCGGAACGAAAGCAAAAUAUAUUAGAAAAAUGUGAUACAUGUCUCAUUGACAACAAAGUGGGUUUGCUUGCAGACCAAGAACCUGAAUCAGUAUCACAAAAGAUGGAAGAUGUCUAUAAAACUUCUAAGCUACUUACUCUGAAAUCAGAUAGGGAAACAAACAGUGUUGAGAGGCACGUUCCAAGGACCAAGGUUAGGCCUGCAAGUUUGCCUGUAGAUAGACUACUACUUCUCGCAAGCCCUCCAAAUGAGAGAAAUGUCAGAAAUAUGGGAAAUGUAAAUUCAGACAAGUUUUGCAGGAAUCUUGCCUUUGAAGGAGUUAAUAGGAAAGAUACUCCUACUAUUGUCUAUUCUAAAUUGGAUGGCUUUGACCAGCAAACUCUACAAAAACCGCGGGAGAAACAGUUUGAACAAAACGGCCUCAGUGCAAAGACCGUAGUAACUGGGUCCAACGCACUCCAGGAAAGAGGAGGAACCACGAGCAUCAGGAUUGGUGGGGACCACCCAGCCAGUGUCCCGCAGCCCAGUAAGCCAUACUCAGAACCAGCCAGGGCAGCGAGACAGGUGUCCGAGAGACGGUCCUCUGACUCCUGCCCUCCCGCUCCUGUCAGAGCACCUAGAACACUGCAGCCCCAGCACUGGACAACAUUUUACAAACCGCGUGCUCCCGCGGGUGGUGUGCGAGGGGAUGAGGAGAAGCCCACAGCGCCCUCCCCAGCACCACCCCCUGGCCCAGCCCCCGCCCCCCAGGGACACCUGCUAAAAACAGGUUCUGACUCUGAAACUGCGCCCGCUGCCUCCACGCAGCCCACCGGGAAGCCGAAAGAGCACGCUGAGCAGCGGGACUUGCCCGACGUGCCUCCGGCGUGUCAGAGACCAAGGCUAAAACGAAUGCAACAGUUUGAAGACCUUGAAGAUGAAAUCCCACAGUUUGUGUAGGGUUGUCAGAAUCCAGCUUUUCUUCGUUGUUGCUUUGUUUCAUGGUGUUGUGUUUGUUUCGUGAAAGAAACUUCUGACAGGGCCCCUUCUGUAUAGUAUUGCCACAUCAUGGGUUUUGCUUUUUGUCGUCGUAUCAUGUUCUACUGUGUUGGUUAUAUUGAAUGGUAGAGUGUUUUGCUAGGGCCCCAUCUGUGCCUCACUGGAAUUCCCUGUAUUUUUAAAGUUGUGAAUAAAUAGGUGGACUUAUGUUUUUUAAAGUUUAGUUGAUUUUUCCCAUAAAGUGGUCCAUUUAAAUGCAUCCCUAAUAUAUGAUAUAGUUCUCAACUAAUAGGUGCAGUUGGGGAAAAUCAGCUUUAUUUUUUGAAGUGAAACUACAUUGCUUAUUUAUAAAAGGACUAUUUCUGAAUGCAAGUGCCUGAAAGAUCUUUGUCUGGUAUGAUUGAUUGUUUUAUUCACACAAUUUUACAGUGCGUCUUUCACCAUUUUUAUGGUAUAUAUGUAACCUUUUGUUUUUCAGUUGGCAGUUUUAAUACUUACAUAAUGACCAAAAGGCUUGCAAGUCUCUAUUUAAUUUCAUUUUAAUUAAUUGCCAUAUUUUCUAUGUGGUAGUCCGUUAAGACUUGUACAAAGAAAGUGCACUUAAACUUUUCUAAAUUACAUAGUUUAUGUCGUAUUUGGCUCUAGAUGGUUUUAUGACACAUUCAAUAUUUUUUUUCACCGCUUGGCUUUGUUCUACAUAAACUACUGUUGUUCAACAGUUCUGAACCUUUGGGUAUUUUAUAUAAUGAUCCAAAAAUGUUUUAAGAUUCAAGUGCAUUUCCUCUUCAUAUUAUCUGGGGUUUUUUUUUUAAACCACUCCUUUGGUAUGAAAUGUUUUCACUUUUAAGUAAUUUUAUGUACUUUUUCUACCUGGAUUUUUAACCAUUGACAAUGUAUGUUUCAUCCAAAUCAUGCAAAGAUUUAUUUAAGUUGAUUCUAAGGGUAUAGUUCGAUAAGCAUCAUUGUUUGGAAUUUGAGAGAAGAUGUAGAUGAUUGGAUGGAUAUAUUUCAUUUAUAAAAGUCCCAGUUUUUAGAACUAGUGCAGUUCUGUGAUUUUCUGGGUUCCAUCAUUUUGCCUAAAAUAGGAUAUAAAAGGGACAGAAAAAUUAAAAUAGCCUCUUUUUCUAUGUGUGAAUUCUAUUUGUAGUAAAUACUUUUAUAUGACCAUGUUAUACUUGAUAAAAAUAUAUAUUAUAUAUAUAAUAACCUGUUAAAUUAUUUCAAGUUCUUGUGGCUUCUCUGAGAUUAUUGCCUCUUAGAGUAUGAGACUUUGAGACUGGCUAGUGGUAACACUUGGGCUCAUACAUCCCUUGACUAUAACAUGGAAUGCAUUUUGUGGGAAGUUGCUAUAUAGCUGUAUAUGACAUUAGGACUGGGGAGAAAAGAGUAACUCCUUUGUGCUAGAGCUUUAAGUCUUUAUUGUACUGAAUAUAAAAGGAUUGUAUUACUAUGAAACCCUAAAAGGAAAAUAAGAGCCAACAUUUCUUGAACCCUC